CUCCUCUUCAAGAAAGAAUAGAUUAAAAAAAACGUUACAUUAAUUCGAUGACAUGCGAAUUUAUAUAUAAUGUAUAUACCUUUCCUUUUUGUUUUAGCAGGUGUUUUCGAAAAACUUGACAGGUGACAAUAAAUUAACUCCGUGUUAAUGUUAAAUUCCGUGAGAUAAGGAACACAUGCUACUUAUUGCUACUACAAUUAUUAGCAAAGAUGGAAGAGAAAUGGCAUCAUACAAGAAAAAGAGAAGUUAAAAGUGAGAAAAAAAAUAUGAUAAAAUAAUAGAAAUAAAUAGAUAUGAUGUAUCUGUUUUCUCCUUCUUCGUUCUCUCAUGAUAUUUAUUGCAAUAAAGAAACUAUGUAUAAAAAUAAUUUCGAAAGAAUCAAAUAUAAUCGAAUUUUCGAAUAUAAUCGAUACUUAAAUAUCGAUCAUGGAUAGUGAUCAAUGAAUAAAUGAGCCUUCAAGUAAAUUACGUCAGAAAAUGGUUUCAUGAAUGACGAUGGAUACAGUGAACAAAACAUUAUGCUCCAGUUGAUGAUCGCAAAUGUACGUCAGGAGAGGAAAAAAAUGCGCGAUAACAUUACUGGAUUUGUCCAAUGAAUCAGACAGAUUAUUAAAAUUAAUGCCAUAAUGAAUAACGUACGUAACAGACCACGUGAAUCUACGGAUGAAAGGCUUCAGUGGUUCUUCGACCCCACAGAAGAAGUAGCCAACUUGUAUUCAACACAAAAUCAUCGAAAUUACUAAUAGAGCAGCUAUUAGCCAUAUAGCCGUUUCAGAGCAUCUAUUGAGUUCCACGUAACGUAAUCGGCGAUAGAAGGACUAGAUAUAAUGAACAACAAUAUAAACCAAGUCGAUUAUUUGUACCAUGUGGGCAAAAAUGUGAUGCGAUUUGUACAUUUAUUCUAUCAUGCAUCUCAUUCCACCUGAAAAAUGAAAUAGUCUGAAGGAAGUCAUUAAUGAUAUUGGACAAGAGGAUCAAAGCAGCCGUUAAAAUAUGGCUCGAUCUUCGGCAAAAGCGAAAAUAUGUCUCAAUCACUAAAUGAGAAGAAUAAAUAUGCUAUCAAUCAAUGUCCUGACAGAUUAUCUCAUAACUCUCACGGCUAUCCAACAGUCUAAGCCCACUUUUAAUUAUCAUACUCCUCAAAAGUGUAAUUAUAAUAUGAAAGGAUGAAUGUCCACUAGUCAACGUCACCAAAGCCUCAACAACAAACCCCCAAUCCAGGCUUCUCUCCGAAACACGAUCCGCGGAUAUUAUCGUAAUCAAUUAUUUGCUAAAUCGGACCAGAGAAAGAUAUACGAGGUCACGUUAGCAGCAACUCUACUGAAUCACCUUGUUCGAAAUGGGAGCUUUUGCUGAUUCACAGACCAGUAUUUCAUUCACCGCACCUAUCUUAACUGAAUCUGCUGCUGAAUGAGACUUGACGCUUGAAAAUAAUAACAAGAAAUGCCGGAAAUGUAAUGCGGUCAAUGAGAUACUAUCGCACGUGAUCUCAUCAUUGCAAAUCUAAUCUAGUCACUGUUAUAAAACAGUACAAUGCCGCCCUAAAUUGAUUAACACGUUCACGCCGGGGCCGAUUUUUAUUUGUUUUGCUAUGAGGCGGCAGUCGUAAUUAUUGUCUGUUCAGCCCUGCAUACGCGUUGUUUGUUUGCUCUGUAGUACAGUGAGAUCUUAUUGUGCAAGUUGUGUAACUCGUGCUGUUUUUUCAUCCUGACCACAGAUUUCUGACAAUAAGUAUAACUAGAAAGUUAUUUAGAAUGUUUUUUUAAUAUUUGCCCUUUUAAAAAAUAGAAAUAUGGAUCUGGAAAUAAGUGAUUCUGAUGAAUCUAUAAUUAGAAGCAGGAGAAAAGCAUCAAGAUUACGGAUACUCUCUCCGGGGUGAACGUGUUAAUAAAGGCCUUUAAUCCUCUUAAACAAACAAUAAAAAUUAAUUAAACGUUAUUAGAAUUUGCAAAAGAUAAUAUGAUCUCGUUUUCAUUCAGCGAGAGAUUAAAGAAGGUCGACAUUACAUCUCCAAUUGAGAACCGCUACGCCGCCUUAGAGACAACCCGUUAAUUGAAGAAAAAAGAAUAUGAAAUGGUAACUAACUAUUUCCAGCAGUAAGCUUUCAAGAUAAAACUGAAAAGCUUCAUCGUCGGUGAAUUAAACAGCUGGAUUCCCUACAAUGAAAUAAUCUUACUGAAAGUGGGGUUCAACAUGUCCUAUGUCAGGCUAAUGAGGAAACUAAUGUGCAAUGACGCCAUAGAGUGGAGUUGUGAUAUCGAUAUCAAGCACGUAACUGGGAAGAGAUAGUAUUAAAAUAAAAAAAGGAGAAAGUCACAGAUACUCCUAGCGAUCGGAACUAUGAAAAACCAUAAACAGGACUGAAGAUGUUAGGUAAACACUAGAAUAAUAUAUCAUUAUAUAUAAGGGAAGAAAUCUAAUCAGUAGAUGGUCAUAGGUGAUGGUUAGAGAAUAUCACUUACAACUGAUUACCUCUUUUUUAUAUAUGUACCUGUUUAAUUAUAUUGUAAGGAUUUUUUUUUUUUUUAAGUUUAUCUUGAAAAAAUUGCAAUUCUGUAUAAACAUGGCUAUAUAAGUUUGCUUAGUUAACUCUUAACACUUUAUCAACCGGUCGUGAUUGAGGUUGCCACUCAAGUAAGAAUCGGCUUAGUCGCACGCGCAUUUGUUCCCAGUAUUGUCUAAAUUUUCGCUAUUCAUUGUGUUGUACUUAUUGCUUUUGUUUCAAAGGAAUGUAAUUUUAUUGAUAUUUAUACUUUAUUUUGCAUUUAUUUUAUAUAAUAAAAGACCUUAUAAACUAAUAUAUAUAGAAUAUAUUCAAGGUAAUAGUAAUUCAAUUUUUAAUAAUUUUUUAAAGUGUGAUAUCGCUCGUAACAGUUACCCUUAUGUAAUGGAAUAUUACAAAAUUUACAUACGAAACAUGUUCUACUUCUUAUCUUUUUCGAUGCACAUACUCUACAUUGUUUUUGAGGUAUUUUGCUUUUACCACUUGUCACUAUUCUUAUAAGUUUAUGCUUCUUUAUGCAUGAUAAUCUUUCUGGAGGAUCUGAUCUUGGUGCUCUUCUCGUAGGCUCUGAAGUAUUUGAUUUGUUAGUUGAGUCUGCUGUUUCGUCACUUUCAGAAUCUGUUGAUGAUAAAUCGGAUAUCCAUGCAAUUGCCGCCUUGUGUAAGAAUUUCUUAUAUGUCAACUUCUUUCCGUUCAAUAUUGUGUACGUUUUAAAUGCAUUAAAAAGCGCACAAUUAAUCAAAAACAGUACUACUCGUUUGGUCCACUUCUUCGUUUUUCUAAAAAUAGAAUAGUAAGACAGAUAUUGAUCUGCACGAUCUACCCCCUUCAUAUACUUGUUGUAAUCAAUUAUCGACUCAGGCUGUUGAAUUGACCUUCUAUUUACACUUCCGGAUUCCAUUAUUCGCGCCGAAUGUAUCGUCGAUAUCAUGUUUACAUUUCGUUUACCAUUAUUCCAUAUUUGUAAUAGAAUAUCGUGUUUUCUACGAAAUGUAGCUUGACCAUUUGAAAAGGUUAUUUUUUGAAGACAUUGAGGAAGACUACUAUUUUUCCGAAUAAUUCCACAUACCCGUACUUUAUUUUGUAAGAGAACUUCAGCCAUAUCGACACUGUUACAAUAAUUGUCCUGAUAAAUGUGAUGCCAAAUAUUUUUAUAAGGAUCAAUAACUUCUAAAAUAGUGUUUUCCAAUUUCAUUCCUUGGCAAGCAUACACUUCAAAAUUACAAACGUAUCCCGUGUGAGCUUCACAGACUGCUCUCAUAAGUAUACCGUACUUUACAAUUUUCGCGGGAUUGUUGAUUCUGAAUGACAGUCUUCCCCGCCACGGAAUAAUAUAUUCAUUUAAUGAUAAUUGUUGACAAGGUUUAUAUACAUCAAUAAAUCUAUUCUUUAAAUAAUUUAUAACUGGCUGAACUUUUAUAAGUCUGUUUGAACUUGUGGGUAUAUCUUCAUUGUUACAAAAAUGCCAGCUCUGCAGUAUCUGCAUAAAUCUGGUUCUGCUCAUUACUUUCGAAAAAAAAGGAGUUUCGAUGCUUGGAUCAGUUGACCAGUAAUCGUGAAGUCUGUCUUUUUUUACUUGUCCCAUUAGAACAAUUAGACCUAAAAAUUUUUUCAUUUCUGACAACGUAAUAUCCAUCCAUUUCUUCGUCCUUGAGAUAUUUUUAUAUUUAUUGAUUAUUUGAUAAUGAUAUCUAUUCGAUUCUUUAACCAAAUAUUCCAAAAAGUCAUCUCCAAUAAAUAACUGUACAAUGUCCAUUACACUUUCUUCAUAUUUUGGUAGAAUUUUUAUACCUGGGCUACCUUCGAAAGGUUCCAAAAUAAUUGAUUUGUCAUUUGUUGACCAUGUAUCGAUAUUUACUUCAGUGAUGUCAUCAUUAUCAUUUUCUGAAUCGCUAGAUUGCAGUGACAAUAAUUCGCGCAGCAUCCGAAUGUUUAUAGAAGAAUCACUGCUAUCACUAUCACUGUCACUUUUUGAAUAACAACUAUGGUCUGACAAAGUAUCUAAGCAAAAUUCUUCAUCUGGACGAUCUUUAUCCAUUGUAAGUGGUAAAAAAUAAAAAUAUUAUAAUUUGUAAGAAUAUAGAGAGGUUAGUAACAAAACAGUAAAUCCCACUGGACAAAACCCGUCGAUAAUUAAAAGCCGAUUAAUAGGCUAUCGGUCGAUAAGCAUUGGCCAUCGAAAAGCCGAUUAAUAGGCUAGCGGUCGAUAAAAUGUUAAUAAAUGUGGCCUAAGUAAUUUUCCUGUUUCAUCUUCUUAUAGCAUUAUAUGCGUCUCUUUCCUACAAUUCCAAUAACCCAAUAUACAAAAAGUAACGAAAAAUAUGCAAAAUAUCUCUGCAUAUAAAAUUAUAACCUUUUAUAAUUAAUUAUAUUCUUUAAUUAUAUUUUUAUAAUUAAAAACAGUAUUUAUUUAAAGUUAAUAUUUUUUUAUAAAUUAUCAAACAAAAGAUGAUCUGAUAAUAUCAAAAAUAAAUUUAAUACCAUUCUUCUGUUUUAUAAAUUUCAUUGUAAUGAAAAAAUAUUGAAUUAAAUUACUUAAAUUUAAUUCAAAGAAGUUCCUACCUGAUGAUAAGAUCAUUGUACCUUACAAUUAUUUAACAUUCAGAAAUAGAACUAAAUAUUAUACACGAGCGAAUACAUUCCAAAAGUUUAUACAUACAUUUAUAAUUGAUUUCAAUUCUCUAGAUUAUAAACUUGCUAUGUUUGAAAUAAAGUCAAUAAUUUGCAAUAAUUAUGAGAAGAUUAAUUAUUAAAACAAAUAAGCCAAUACAAAUUGAACCAAUUGAAAGAAGACAAACUGAGAUUAUGUUAAGAUCUAAAAAAAAAAAAAGUAAUAUCUAUAUAACAAAUGAUUGAAUUAAAAAUUCUUUAUUCUUUGAGAGAUAUUAGGAGGCUUCUUUAUACUUUGUCAAAAAAUAAACAGAACUGAGACUAGUUUUCAUUAAAUUGUAUCACAUUCUUAGAAACAAGAUCAAUUAUUUGUAUUAAAAAAAAAAUAUUCUUUUCAAACAUAAAGAUUAAUAAAAUUGGAGAAAAUGUGGAGAAAAAUAAACGUUCCAAGUAACCAACUACCAUAAGAUGUAAUUUGUGAUAAAUUUUAACAAUUAUUUUUAAGUAGAAUAUUUAACGCCUGUUCAUAUCAUUAUCUAUGAAAAUAAUUAUAUCAUAUAAAUUACAAAUAAUUAAAAAAUAAAUAAAUAAAAAGAAUUAAAAACAUGUAUAAAAAUGAAUUAAAUAAAAAAGUAUAAAAAUUAAUCAUCGAUAGAAGAUUCAAGAAAUGGCGGUAUUGUAAAGAUGGCCGGUGAAAAUGCUUCAAUGAUUAGCCUACGUCAUCGAUAUUCGCUGAGCGCAAUCAUUAGUCGGCAAAUCGUUGUGUGAUUGGUCAAUCUGCAUUGGUACAUCCUCUGGUGACUGUAUGUUUAUUCUUCCUGGCACCUUUAAUGCUCUGCUACAAAACAGAUGAAUUGAGGUUAGAUCAGUUGGACGAUUUACGAAUUUGUGUAUGAUGUAUUUCUCGUUAUGCCGUUCAGCGAUACCACAGUGGUGUCGUGAGUAAAAUAGCGGCCAACGGCCGGCGACACCACAGUGGUGUCAUGCGCAAAAUAACGGUCAACGGCCGGUGACACCAUAGUUGUGUCGUGCGCAAAAUAGCGGCCAACGGCUGGCGACACCAUAGUGGUGUCGUGCGCAAAAUAGCGGCCAACGGCCGGCGACAUCACAGUGGUGUUGCAUAGUAUCGCUUAGUGGCCGGCGAUAGCACUUUAGUAUCUUUUGCAUUCUGUUGGUGUUUUGUUUAAGUAACAAUAAGUUACAUACGUCAACAAGUUUUUUGUUUUUAUAAAUACUUGUGUUUUAUCAUGGCAGACGAAAGAGAUGAUACGAUUAUUUACGAUGAAUGCGCGGACGUCUUGUCUGACGUUCCGGACGACUUUGCCGAUUGGGAAGAAGACGAUGGAUAUCAAAAAAAUGAAAGUGAAGCAGAAUCGUCGGAAGAUAGUGAAAUACCUACAAGAAAAAUUCGACGAACGCUACAGUUGCCAACUGAUUCGGAUGAAUCAGACAAAGAAGACAGUGCACAGUGGUCAGACUUUGAUUUACCGAGGACCAAUAAUAAGUUUGAAGGAUCUCCGGGUCCAAACAUAUUUCCCAAAGAUACACAGAGCGUCGAGGAUAUCGUAGAAUUAUAUAUUGGGAACGAUCUAUUUGAAUAUAUUAGCAAUGAAACCAACAAGUAUUACAGUCAAAAUUGCAAUAAAAGGAAACUGGAUAAAAAAAAUCCCAAAUUUGUGGACGUUACGGCACUCGAACUUAGAAAAUGGUUUGGGCUUGUUAUACUUAUGGGUAUUGUAAAAAAAGCAAGAAUCGAUGAUUAUUGGUCAACGAAUCCGUUGAUAGACACACCGAUAUUUCGCAAAACGAUGUCCCGCAACCGAUUCAAACAAAUAUUAUCAUUUUUACAUUUUUCCGACAACAACAAAAAACCGGAUAAUGCCGAUCGGCUUUUCAAAGUGCAAUUCAUAAUUAAUUAUUUUUCCAAAAAAUUUAAAGAAAAUUUUAAUCCAAGUCAAAACAUCUCAAUUGAUGAAGGAAUAAUACCGUGGCGUGGACGAUUAAAUUUUAAAGUUUACAAUCCGUCGAAAAUUACGAAAUAUGGCAUACUCAUUCGGAUGCUGUGCGAUUCGAUUACGGGAUACAUUUCCUCAUUCAAGAUAUACUCCGGCGUUGGACAGCCUUUAGCUAAAACAGUGAUGGAACUAUUGGCACCUUCUUAUGGAAAGUGGCAUCACCUCUACAUGGAUACUUAUUAUAACAGUGUAGAACUUGCAGGGAAUUUACUUGAAAAGAAAAUUCGAGUUUGUGGAACGAUACGACAAAAUAGAGGAUUUCCGGAAAAAUUAAAGCGCGUAAAUGUCAAUGUAUUUGAAGCUUGUCAUCAACGGAAAGGUGAAGUACUCGCACUGGUAUGGAGAACUUCGAAAACUAAAACGAUACGAAUGAUCUCUACAAUACAUAAUGCCACUUUGACUAACACUCAAACAAAAUGUAGAAAAACCAAUUACACAAUAAAAAAACCUGAAAGUGUUUUAGACUACAACAAAUACAUGAAAAGAGUGGAUUGGCCAGACCAAUAUUUGAGUUAUUACCCUAUAUACAGAAAAACUAUAAAAUGGUCAAAAAAGGUUUGCAUGUAUCUCUUUAAUUGCGCAUUAUUUAAUGCAUUCCGUACAUAUCAAUAUUUCAAUACAGAACACAAAAGUCUCCGAUUUCACGACUUUUUAUUGAAAGUGUCUGAUUCGUGGAUAAAAUACCAUGUACCUGCUUCUGAGCAAAACUUGGAGGUUGCCAUUACAACGCGUAAGUCUCAUCAUGAUCCGGUUGACAGACUUUCCGGUCACAUAAAGCAACAUCAACUAGUACUUAUUUGCGAAACGAAUAAACGAAAACGAAGAAACUGCCACGUAUGUUCCAAAAACAAAAAAAGGAAAAUAACAAACUUAAUGUGCAAGUCUUGUGGAGUUGCGUUACAUCUUGGAGACUGUUUUGCUGCAUACCAUACGAAAGAGAAAUACUAAGUACCAAAGAAAAUGCAAAUAAACAAAUAUAUAUAACAAACAAAUUUUGUAUUUAUUUACGUAUGUAUAUUUUCGAAAUUUCAUGAAAGUAGGGGAACAGGGUUGAGAACUAACGAUGAGAUUAGUAAAACUUAACAAUUUAUAAUCUCCCGAUAAUGUCAAGAAUGGCCGGCGACAAACCAAAUAAUCCGAAUUAGCGCUGCUGGCGCCAAGCGAAUAAAUUUUUACGAGACAUGCGGAUGGCAAAGUGUUAAUAUAUGUUUUUGAAAAACUUAACAGAUGACAAUAAAUUAGUUCCAUCAUAUUAGAUUUCAUAAGA